UGGAACGGAGGCUGGUAGAGGAAAGAUGGCAGCCGCGGCAGUGGCUGAGUUUCAGAGAGCACAGUCUCUUCUUGGAACAGACAGGGAUGCCUCUAUCGACAUCCUUCAUUCAAUAGUGAAGCGGGACAUCCAGGACAGCGAUGAGGAGGCGGUGCGUGUUAAAGAGCAGAGCAUCUUGGAGUUGGGUGCUCUGCUGGCCAAGACAGGACAGGCUGCAGAGCUUGGGGGUCUGCUGAAGUAUGUACGCCCCUUCCUCAACUCCAUCUCCAAGGCCAAGGCAGCUCGGCUGGUCCGCUCCCUGCUUGACCUCUUCCUGGACAUGGAGGCUGCCACAGGUCAGGAGGUUGAGCUUUGUCUGGAGUGCAUAGAGUGGGCCAAGGCUGAGAAGAGGACCUUCCUCAGACAGGCACUCGAGGCUCGUCUCAUUUCGUUGUAUUUUGACACAAAGUGCUACCAGGAGGCACUACAACUUGGUUCCCAGUUGCUUCAGGAGCUGAAGAAGAUGGACGACAAGGCCUUGCUGGUUGAGGUUCAGCUGUUGGAGAGUAAGACAUACCACGCACUCAGCAACCUUCCCAAGGCCCGCGCUGCUCUUACCUCUGCCAGGACGACCGCCAAUGCCAUCUACUGCCCGCCCAAACUACAAGCAGCUUUAGACAUGCAGUCAGGGAUCAUUCACGCAGCAGAGGAGAAAGACUGGAAGACCGCAUACUCCUACUUCUAUGAGGCCUUUGAGGGCUACGAUUCUAUUGACAGCCCCCGAGCCAUUACAGCCCUAAAAUACAUGCUGCUCUGCAAAAUCAUGCUCAAUGCGCCAGAGGAUGUACAGGCUCUCAUCAGUGGAAAGUUAGCUCUCCGGUAUGCUGGAAGACAGACAGACUCACUGAAAUGUGUAGCACUAGCCAGCAAGAACCGGUCACUCGCGGACUUUGAAAAGGCACUUACAGAGUACAAAGCUGAGCUGAGGGAUGACCCCAUCAUCAGCACCCAUCUGACCAAGCUGUAUGACAACCUGCUGGAGCAGAAUCUCAUCAGGGUCAUCGAACCUUUCUCCAGGGUCCAGAUAGCACACAUUUCCUCCCUCAUUAAACUUUCUAAGGGAGACGUGGAGAGGAAAUUAUCACAGAUGAUCCUGGAUGAGAAGUUUCACGGUAUUUUGGACCAAGGUGAAGGCGUGCUGAUUGUUUUUGAUGAGCCAGUGGUGGACAAGACAUACGAGGCAGCUCUGGAGACCAUUCAGAACAUGAGCAAAGUGGUAGACUCGCUCUACAACAAAGCCAAGAAGCUAACAUAAGAAAGAGUGAAACCGCCUGUCCUCCUGUUCAGUGUGACGAGGGCCAGUCUGACCUCCGUCAAUCUUUCACUUCAACCCUGGGAGACACAGUGGGCGUGUAGGAGAACGUGGAGAUUACAAACACUCAACAAUCCAGCAAGCAAAUAAACCAGCUGACCAACUGAACUAACAAACCAACAGGACAACAAAGUGACAGGGUGGACGACACACGAAGCUCCUCCCACUCCUCCCUCAGCCCUCCACUCUCCCUUCCUCCUGUCACUGUCGCCUCCUUCCCAUCUGACUGGGGGUUGAUCUGGCACAAAGUGCUCCCCCCAUGGACAAAUCCUGGCACUGCGCCCCUUCUUCUCUUCUCCCACCACUGGUUUCUGUUGUAUGUAAAACUGGACAAGCAACCCCUUCACCACCACUACCUUCCCCUCCCCCCCCCACCCGUUUCUGCACUGGCCAUCAGGGAAUCUUGUAAAAUAACAAUAAAGAAUACAUAUACAGUACUUAUACAUACAUGAUAUUGUAAAAAAAAAAGAAGAAGAAAAGAAAGAGAAGAUCCGCUGUCACUUGGUUGAUUUGUCCCUCACCUGAUUCUUUAAUUGUUCUGUUCAACGUGCCAACAGGCCUGAAUGUGAAUGUUUGAAAGUCUCUGGUUUUCAGCGGCUCUGAAGUAAUCAAUCAACAGACAGACUAGACUCCCCCCACACACACACAUAGGCGACCACACGCCCCUCCCCUUCCCUCCCCUCCCCUCCUCAUCCCAACCUUCCGGCGACCUUUGUGGUCUCACCCAAAUCAUAAGGCAUUCUGGGAUUUGUGGACCAUACAGGGAAUUUGCUCUCUAUCCACUCGGGACCAUGCCACAAUGAGCAGAGGGCACUCAUCACCACACGGGGGGGACUCCCAUACACCCCUCCACCACCCCCUUUUUUUCUCCCACUUCCUGUUUGUACAUAACAGUUGCCAAGCAUCAUCCAAGGCCUGAUUAUAGUCACACUGCCCCCUCACUCUGUCUUUCAUUCUUUUUCUCUUUUGUAACGAGUAAAGAACAGAAUAAAUCUUGCCACCGAGAGCUUGGUCAGUCACACAAAGUGCUUUUUGAUGCUCGAGGUGUGACUGCAGAGAGAACUCUUGUUCUGGGAAUUGAGAAGGGUGGGUUUCACUGAAGAAAACCAAGCUGUACAUUUUUGGGAACUUAAUUUUGCAAGGACUCAAGGGUUUACUGUAUAUGACAAGAGAGAAAAACAAACGCUAAUAAAAAAAAAUUAAAUCUG